UCUGCCGGUAGCGCCUAUUUCCACAACGCUGAACUCCUUUAGGUUUACCCGAUGUGAUUAUUCUUAUUUUCAGAGUGCAGAGACACGGGAAGUCCCCUACUCUUUAAUGACAUGUCGGCCGCUGUCUCUGUCCGUGGCUCCUUCCUGGCAACUCUAACUUCGACUAUGUCUCCUGACGAUCCGGGGCUGACUCCUUCACCAGGCGAGGUUGAGGAUCUCUGGGGAGACAGCGAAACGUCAGAUGACUCCAGCACCCUGGAAGAAGAGGAAGAGACCGAGAGAGACGAAGGAGCUCUGGAAGAAAAGGAGGAUGAUCUGGUGCUAACAGAUGAUAUCGUCUACAAAGGUCUUUCUUAUCUUGGUCGCACUGCUACUGGCAUCGAACAAGCUUAUCUGCAUUUGUGUUUAUGCGCACACAAGUUGAGGGAUAUAGACGUUUUAAAUGAAUAUGUCCAUUUACAGAAACUGGACAUUUCCUACAAUAAAAUCAAAGAUUUAUCCUGUGUAAGCUCCAUGCCUUAUCUCAUUGAGCUUGAUGCAUCUCACAAUGAAAUUACUGAGGUUUUUGGAUUUACACCCCCCAAAAAUCUUAAGGUUGCUAAUUACUCAUACAAUCAAAUUUCAGAAAUGCAAGACCUAUCAUCUUAUGAACACCUAAAAGUACUGAUUUUAGACUACAAUGAAAUCACUGAAAUUAGAGGUUUGGAAAACUGCAGCAGCUUAAACCACUUCAGUUUGGCAAAUAAUAAAAUUACAGAAAUUAGCGGACUGGAUCAUCUGCCCAUUAAAACACUGUGUUUGCGGGCGAACCUGAUUACAAAAAUAUCAAACUUGGAAAAAGUUCCAAUUCUGCAGAACGUGGAUCUGUCUUUUAAUAAUAUCCAGAGUAUGAGUGGUUUGGAAAACCAUGAUCUUCUUGAGUGUAUCAAUCUUGAAAGCAAUCAGGUGUCUGAAAUUAGUGAAGCUGCAUACCUACAGGAUCUGCCACUUCUCAGAAAGUUAAAUCUUCAAAAUAAUCCAAUUCAGGAAAAUCCUGAGUAUCUUCUAUAUGUGCUGUUUGUUCUACAAAGUCUGACUCAUUUGGAUGAAAGAAAGUUAAGUGUUGAAGAAAAGGUUGCAGCAGUGAAUAAAACGCCCCCCCCUCCUGAAGUAAUUGCUGCCCGAGAUCACAUGACCCAUGUGGUUUAUAAUGUCAUGCAGCCACAGAUUAUCUAUGACAGCACUUUGCCAAGUCUAGAUGCACCCUACCCUAUGUUGAUUCUGACGGGCCCUCAAGCAUGUGGAAAGCGAGAGCUGGCUCACAAACUAUGCAGAGAAUUCAGUGAUUUCUUUGCAUAUGGUGCCUGUCACACCACAAGGGGUCCAUAUUUUGGUGAGGUUGAUGGAAGUGAUUAUCAUUUUGUCUCGGUGGAAACAUUUGAAGACAUGGUUUACACGGGUAAGUUCAUUCAAACUAUGAAAUAUAAUGGACAUUACUAUGGACUAACACGAGAUGCCAUUGAAGCUGUUGCAAGAGAAGGACUAGCUUGUUGUCUUCAUAUGGAGCUGGAGGGUGUUCGCAGUUUAAAAAACACUUACUUUGAGCCACGAUAUAUCCUUCUGAUCCCCAUGGAUAAAGAAGAAUAUGCCAGGCGCCUAAGAAUGAGAGGACUAUACAGCCGGUCUCAGAUUGAAAUUGCUGUUUCUAGAGUUGAAACCUACAUUACAAUGAACCGGGAUUUUCCAGGAUACUUUGAUACUGUUAUUCCUUGUGAUGAUCUUGUGGAAGCUUAUAUAAAGUUGAGUCAGCUGGUCAGAGAUUAUUUGGGACUUGGAAAUCAGGAGACAUUGUAUGCUGCCAAUACAGCCCCUCGAAUACUGAAUGAAACAGCUGAUAAUGCUAUAUAUUUUGCCACUGAAGACAAACAAGGAAAAUCUCCUAAUGGAAUGAAUGUUACUAAAGUACCAGAAUCCAAAGUCCCCAUUGAGCCUGGUGAUUUAACAAACAGGAACUAUACAGUCAAAAUACAAACUAAGCUUUCAGCCAAGAAAAGUCCUGUGGAGGAAGCUUCCUUACAAAGAAGACAGCAAGCAGCAAAAGAAGCACUUCGUGGAAAAAGUCCAAGUGCUUAUACAGACCUUUUCAAAAGAUAUCCUGUAACUGCUCCUGCAACACUUGGUCAUCGAAAGAACCUAUUAGAUCCAUCAUCUUAUGCUUCUGCCCCAAGUGGUGCUGUUUCUCCAAGUUAUCUUGAGAGCAGUAGCUCAGAAGGAUCUCGUGCCAGUUCAGUCAUGUCAUCAGCUGGCGCAAUGUCCACAGAAAGAUCUGCAAUUGGAAAAACUGCAGCAGAAAUUGCAGACAGAGAAGAAGACCAUGGUGUGGAGCCCCUGGAUAUUGCCGGCCUGGAAGAUAUUAAAGAUCAACUGCAAUCAAGUACUCCGGGCACACCAAGACCAUCUUCUCAAGAAGACUUGCAAGAGAAAAAAUCAGCCCAUCGAAAAUCUGCAUCUUCUGGAGCCGCUAAACAUUCAAAGCGAGUUGGAUCUAAUACCAAACCAGUUCUUCCACCAAUUCCUUCAGGACGAAAAGUGCAGAACAUCUAACUGGUCAGUUUUAGUGAAACACUAUCUACACAUAGAAAAAAAGACACAUAUAUUAAUUAGUAAAAAUUAAUAUAUGUAUUUGUUUGCAUUUUUUAUGCAGAAUAGUCCCUACCUAAGUAAUCUGCUUUUCUCAGCCCAGCAUAUAAAAAAGUUCAUUUACAUUACUUUAAUUAAGAUUUUCUCCUUUCAUACAAAAUUAGGAAGGGAACAGAGGUAGUAAUAAUAAACUUCUUAAUGUUUAAACAAUACAAUUCCUUUUCUGCACCACAUAAUACCUUGGGUACUUUUUAUACCACUUGUAUGUAAGUUUUACUUUUCAGCCUUGUCUGUUUCUGAUGGUCAGUGAGUCUUUAGCUCAGCCCACUCCCUAACUCCGUCCAGGAGCAGAUCUGCCGAUUUCUACCUGUACUGAUAGGAAUCACUUGUAGGCCUGACUCUACUACUUAAUGCCGGUGUUUUGAGGCUCCAGCCACAUUCGCUAUCUGUGUACAUGACUACAUUGGUUGUUGUCUCCUCAGUGUGACGCCAUCUUUUGAAAUGUGGCCUUUCUGGGGUCCAUUAAAUUGUUUGACUUAUAAUAUACUCUUACACAAACAGCAUAUCAUUGCAAAUAUUCCCAUGAUGGUUACCAGAUUCUGAUUAACUUUAACUAUACAAUAAUGUUAUAUUAUAGUGUGUAUAUGUAUGUAUAUAUAUAUAUAUA